CAACAGAGUCUCGGGCUCUGUAGAGCCGAGCCCUGUGGGUGUCUGCCCGGUACCGCGGCGAAGCCAGUUCCUCUGGAUCUUGCCUCUGCGCCAGCAGUUUGGGAACAGCUUAGGCGAUAGCACCCACCCCUCUGAGGAGACAAGGAGGUGGUUCCCCAUCCACUCAAAAUUUCCAGACCACCCUUCGGUUCCCCUCCCUAAGCCGGACAGUGCUGUCCCCAGAAUCUCCAAGCCCCCGACUUUACUCUUAUCUAACUCGCCCUUAAUCUCUCAGUCCAGUGUUCCUCGCCCUCUGGAGUCCGCUCCUCCCCCUUUUUCAUUUUCUGUAUCCUCUUCUAAGAGCGCCCCUCGGAUCACUCUGAGGGCAACCUUUUGAGAAAUCUCAGUGGAGUUGUGGACUAGAGCCGGGGAGUGUUUUAAAAGUCGAGUUAGAAAGACAGGAAGGUACGAUGGCUUCCUCGUCUGGCAACGAUGAUGAUCUCACUAUCCCCAGAGCUGCUAUCAAUAAGAUGAUCAAAGAGACUCUCCCCAAUGUCCGGGUGGCCAACGAUGCCCGAGAGCUGGUGGUGAACUGCUGCACCGAAUUCAUUCACCUUAUAUCUUCUGAAGCCAAUGAAAUUUGCAACAAAUCGGAAAAGAAGACCAUCUCACCAGAGCAUGUCAUACAAGCUCUAGAAAGUUUGGGAUUUGGCUCUUACAUCAGUGAAGUAAAAGAAGUCCUACAAGAAUGCAAGACAGUAGCGUUAAAAAGAAGAAAGGCCAGUUCUCGUUUGGAAAACCUUGGCAUUCCUGAAGAAGAGUUAUUAAGACAGCAACAGGAAUUAUUUGCAAAAGCAAGACAGCAACAAGCAGAAUUGGCUCAACAGGAAUGGCUUCAAAUGCAGCAGGCUGCCCAACAAGCCCAGCUUGCUGCUGCCUCAGCCAGUGCAUCCAAUCAGGCAGGAUCUUCUCAAGAUGAAGAUGAUGAUGAUGAUAUCUGAAAUUCACCAGCUGAGUUUGUGUUUCUUCUAUAAAUGUUUUUUCUUGCACAACAAAACAGUGAAAGAAAUGCUUAUCUGUAAUUUUGUAUACAUCUUGGUGGACUUGCCAAUUGGUAUUCUAGGGAUGUCUGCUGUUAAGUUUCAUCUAUUGUGUGCUAUACAUGUAAAAACUGUAUCUUUGAACUAUUGAAAAUUUAAGGUUCAGAAUAUCAAUUUUGAAUUUUUAAUGGCGUUUAUGAAAUUUUAGAUAGCAGUGAGCCCUUUAUUUGAUCAAUAAACAGUGUUACAAAAACUUCAAGUUUAUAAAAAUACAGUGGAAUUUAUAAAGAAGUUCUUAAUCUGCAUUUGCAUUUCCUCUGCCCUUUUAACCAAAUUAAAAUUGGGAAUUUUAAAUUGAGGUGGGGUGCAGUGUGAUGCAGAAUAAAUUGGAUCAGGUUGGUGAAAAAAAAGAGUUCAGUUAUGUAUUAUCUGAAUUUUUUGUCUUUUAAAAUGAGUAUAUACACAGGCAAUAAACAUGCUCAGAUAAAUAUACUUAUUUAGAGAGUCCUCAAUACAAGACAUUUAAAAACUAGGAAGGGAGUGUGUUCAAUAGUAGUUGUAUAAAUUUGAUGAGUUACAUUUUUUUUGUUUUGUUUUGCGUAGAGGUGAAAGCUAGUUUUAUUAUAGCAUAAUUUAUCUUGAGCUACACUAUUACAUUUCAAAGACUGCCCAAUUUUGAAGACUGUCAUUAUUCUUACUAUUUCACUCCAGUUCAAUACUUGUUAUAGUAUUACUUGCUUAGUCCAUUCAUGUUUAUAUUGUUCAAGUAUAUAGGUGGGACUUGUGAAACAAUUGCUUAGUUCCGUUGGUUUAACUGAGGUUCAUGAAUAUUCAGACCUUUGCUAGGGAAAAGAAAUGAAAGCUAAUGAAUAUGCUUGCUAUGAAAGAGGGCUUUUUAAAAAAUUUAACUUGUAGUUGUAGUUUACUUAUUGUUUUUAGCAUUACAUUUUCUUGACUAGAUGGCCUAGAGAAUCCCAUUGCUACCUUUUGAAAUGACAUUGUCUCCAUCAUAAUUGAGUAAUAGCUUUAAAAAAUUGAUUCUUUUUAAAGAAAGUGUCAUAAUUGAUCAGCUCUAUACGAAACAUAUAGUUUCAACCUGCUCAUUAAAGGGAAGAAUCUUUAAUCUGGUUCUAAUAAAUAAAGUAUAGUAUUGAUUAUUAUAGGAAUUCAGCAUAUUGGAGAAAAAUGGCACAUUAUAUUUUGGAAACAGAAAGGAAAAGCUACUUAAAAUAACAUGAAGUAAUUAAAUUCCUAUGUCAGUUGCCAAAUCAUUUAAAUUUCUAUAUUCCCCAAGCCCAAAAAUAGAUUCUAGUUGCCAUGAUUCCAAUUUUAAUUGGAGAGCUAAAUAAGUAAAGUUUGUAAGUAUUAGAUGUCUUAAUCAUAUUUUGCAUUUUAGAAAAAGGGAAACAUCGUUGUAUACUUAUCAAAUACACUUCC